CUUUCUUCCGUAAAUGGGGAAGGAAUCUCCAAGGGUUUUUAAUAUUUAAUUCUCUUCAGCCCCUUUUAGUUUCUCCGUAUCUUCAACAUGAGUGUCAUUCUUUGCACGGCUGGAUAUGACCACACCAUUCGUUUCUGGGAGGCUUUGUCUGGGAUAUGCUCGCGGACAAUUCAGCAUCCGGACUCCCAAGUAAACCGCUUAUGUAUUACUCCAGACAAGCGCUACCUGGCGGCCGCCGGUCACAAUAAUGUCAAGUUAUAUGACAUCAAGUCCACUAAUCCCAACCCGGUUAUGACCUUUGAUGGCCAUACGAACAAUAUUACUGGUGUUGCAUUUCACUGUGAAGGGAAGUGGAUGGUCACCAGCUCGGAAGACGGUACGGUGAAGGUGUGGGACACUCGCACCGGUAGCCUACAGCGCAAUUAUGCCCACAAGGCACCCGUCAAUGAUGUUGUUAUUCACCCCAAUCAGGGUGAACUUAUCAGUGGUGAUCGUGCCGGAAUUGUCCGGGUUUGGGAUCUGGGCGAAAGCGUCUGCACACACCAGCUGAUUCCCGAGGAUGAUGUUGCCGUGCAAAGCGUUAGUGUUGCAAGCGAUGGAUCCUUACUGUGCGCAGGGAAUAAGAAGGGCAAUGUUUACAUCUGGCGUAUGGUCCAAGAUGCAGAAUUAACUCGCAUCGUCCCCAUGUGCACCUUCCAAGCUCACAAAGACUACCUCACCCGGAUCCUUCUUUCGCCGGACGUCAAACACCUCGCCACUUGCUCAGCAGACCACACCGCCAAAGUUUGGAAUCUCGAUCUCGACUAUCCCCCGGCGAAAAUAGCCGCCGCGCAAGCAGCCAAGGCCAAGGCCAGAAGCACCACAUCCGAGCCUAAAGAAACUCCUUCCUCUCCAGCCCCAUCGGAAAGCCUGGUUAAUACCCCUAGCAGUGAAAAAGGAAGAGCCGACUUCAUCAAUCCGUUCAGCUUGCUUAACGGAACACCGCCGCCCACCAAUGAGCCCCAGCAGACCUUCCCCGUACAGCCCGAUGGUCCUCCAGUCGAUCCAAAUACAAAUACCCUUUACCUAGAGACCACUCUAGCGAACCAUCAGCGAUGGGUGUGGGACUGUGCCUUUUCCGCCGAUUCAGCCUACCUAGUCACCGUUUCUAGCGAUCAUUAUGCUCGUCUAUGGGAGUUGGCUUCGGGCCAAGUCAUUCGUCAGUAUAGUGGACAUCAUCGCGGAGCGGUAUGUGUUGCACUGAACGAUUAUUCUGAGCCUCGAUGAGCACAUCUUGUGUGCAUCCGCAGGGUAUCAAAGUCAGCACAGUUGCGUCGGUUGUUAGUUAGACUUCUUUCAUGGUUAGCAUGGCGCCAGGGAUUGGGGGAGGCACGGGGGCAUUAUGCCUCCUGCAUUGGAGUUCAGGAUUGUUUGUUCUCACUUGUAUUAGUUUGGCUGUCUACGUGUCGAUGGCAUGCUCGGGUAUGAUUUG